UCUCUCUCUCUCUCUCUCUUCGCUUUCCUGUCACAUCUACCUUUUCUCUCUUUCUCUCUUUCGCUCCAUCUACCUUGAUACACCCUUCAUCAAGUCGCCCGCCGGGCUAUCCAUAAAUCUCCGCACACUCUGUCCGUAUUAAGUCUGUUGUGGACCAGUGAAUGCAGGAAAUACGAGGAGCGGAGUCGCAAGCAAUAAAUCAGAGACCAAGCACGUACGAACCACGGGCAACGAAGGAGAAGAACAAGGGAGGAGUAACGAAAGCGUCGGCGCUUUCGCGUCGCGACAACGCCGGGACAGCGGUAGCCGAGCGACGGCGACGACGCCGGCGACGGGUGGUGUAUCUCGCGCGAGGAAUCUCCCCGAGAAGGAGGAGGAGGAGGUGGGAGGUUGGUCGACGCCGAAAUUAGCUAGACCUCAACACUAUAAACUAGAUUCUAAAAGAUUUGGUCCAAUAAACGCGAGAAGAGGAGUGUGAGUAAGCGCGGCACACGCGCGAUCGCCGAACACGUACUUUCAGCACCUCGCACCAGCACCUUUGUCGGCCGCUGCGCGACGACACAAUACACACACAGUACAAUACACCGAGCUGGCGUGAAUCGCGCGGAAUUCACGACUCGCGGGCUCUUGUCUCGUCGGCGAAGGAGAGAGCGAACCGGCGAGCGCGAGAAUCGGUGAGUGAAGCAGAGCGAAAGCGAGAGCGGAACACAGUGAGAAAGAGAGAGAGAGCGAGAGAGAGAGAGACGUCCGCGUCUCUCAGGUCAAAGGGCGAGACGCCCUUUCUCGGCAGCGUCGUUUCGCGGUACCGUUCUCGUACGACGAUCACGAGCGUCCCGAGACGCACGCAUCGACCAGACGCGGCGACUACGACGAGCGACGAAUCUCGCGACGAGAUCGCCUCCGCGGGCGGUUGUCGUUAUCGAAGACGCGCCGAGCAUACGAUUACGCGCAGGCCGCCGCUGCCGGCGACGACGACGACGACGACGACGACGACGACGACGACGACGACGACGACGGCCACGGCCACGACGGCGACGGCGACGGCGACGGCGACGACGACGACGACGACGACGUCGACGAUUACGGCAACACCAGCAACAACAACGGCCACCGGCACGAGAAGGAGGAAACGUGCGAGAGAGGAAGAAGAGCAGCAGCGCGCCCGGCAGCAUCUGUGUAUUCGACAACGAUGGCAUUAUCCUGAAACGGGCAUGACGCCCUUGGCCUCGAGAUGCGACGAGACCACCACCCUCUUGCUGUUGCUGCUACUCGAGCUAGCACCCGGGGCACGUUGCUACUCGCGCGCGGCCGCUACCGCCGCAUCGUCCUUACCGAGAUAGCAUCUACAGUACCCGGCGAGGGUGCGAGUGAUGCCGCAUCUCGGCAGCAUUAUGACCAUCGCCGUCGAUAGCGCGACAACAGCGUCCACGAGCGUCCUCGAGGAGAACAUGACGUGGUCUCGAUCGACCGGCGGCGCUACGUCUUCGAGUUACGAGGCCCUUUCGACACGUGCGAUCACGAACGGCGAGCAGCUAGUGCGGCGUCGGGCCGCGGCGGCUACCAACGAGAAGCGCGAAGGUCGGCCCUUGAUCGCCGGGCUCCUGACUGGAGGAGGCUCGGCCGUGAAGCACGCCGAUCGAAACAACGAAAAACACAUCGAGGAGAUCGGCGCGCGCGACGCCACGACGGAGCUGGACGGCGAGACUGCGGCUCCGGCGGCUGCGACGGUGCUGGCGGCGGGGCAAGGGGAGGGAAAGGAGACGGCGGCGGCGACGACGACGACGACGACGACGACCACGACAAGAAAGAUUUCCCGACGUCGUUGCGGCCUUCAGACUUGGGAAACUCGAGUUUGCGGCGGCAACACCGUAGGCGCGAGCAAGAGCGCGGAAACUGCAUUUACCGGCGAAGAAGACGCGUCAGAAGUAGGCGCCGGGGGUGGUGACGGUGGCGGCGGCGGCGGCGGCGGUGGCGGCGGUGACGAGGACGACGACGACGACGACGACGACGACGACGACGACGACAACGGCGGCGGUGAAGAAAGCGUCGACGUGAGCGACGUAGGCAGCAGCAUCGGCACGACCGUGGUCGGUGUAAGCGCGAGUAUAUCGAACAGCACAGAGCCGGUGGACGAAGAGGACGGUGGAGACGCAGCGGACGGAGUCGCGAUCGAGUACGGCAAGGAUCUGUUGUUGUUCGGCUUCGGUGACAUAAUGGAGGACAUAACCGACGGCGCGUUGAACGACUCGCUGAACGCGAGCCUGCCGCGCUCAUGGAACACGAGCAUGUUCAUCAACGAGACCUUCAUCGUGGUGGGCGAAGGCGGCUACCCGUCCGGCUACACCGUGCCGGAGAUUAUCCUGGCGUCCAUCGUGGCGACCUUGCUCAUGAUCGUCAUCAUCGUCGGCAACAUGCUGGUGAUCAUCGCGAUCGCCACGGAGAAGGCGCUGAAGAACAUACAGAACUGGUUCAUCGCCAGCCUCGCGGUGGCGGACUUCUUCCUCGGCCUCGUGAUCAUGCCGUUCUCCUUGGCCAACGAGAUCAUGGGCUACUGGAUCUUCGGUUACUGGUGGUGCGACAUUUACUCCGCGAUGGACGUGUUGCUGUGCACCGCCAGCAUCAUGAAUCUGUGCCUGAUCAGCCUCGACCGCUUCUGGAGCAUCACGCAGGCGGUGGACUACCUGAAGAAGCGGACGCCGGCGCGCGCCGCGCUCAUGAUCGCCCUCGUCUGGCUGCUGUCGGCGCUCGUCUGCAUACCGCCGUUGCUCGGCUGGAAGAGAGCCGCCCCGGCCGAGGAGUAUCCCAAGUGCAAGGUAAGUCGUCCGCUCUAUUCUUCUGCUUUCGGCAUGCGAAUCUGCAGCGAAUCUUGCUGGCCUGAGGGGACUCGCCCCCUCCCCCCUUUUCCUUCCGAUGGGGCGAGCACCGCGGUCUGGCUCAUUGCAGUCGUUAACUGGAAUUAACCGUGCGAUGGACGAACGGUCGCUGGGGGCGAUAUGGGAACGUGGAGGCGGAAAAAAAGCGCGGUCGAAGAAUAGUACACGAGGCGACGUAAAUCACCGCAUUAGCGACACAGAAAAUUGGAUUACGUCGUUAUAUCGGAUUGGGUUUCUCUAAUGAAUCGGAAAAUUGAGACACCGGCACGCGGGAGAGCCGAAGGGAGGUUGGACGAACGUCACUUACAGUCUUGAUCGUUUAUUCGCCUCCUUUCGUUAUUAAGGCGUUUGCGAGUGAAGGAUUAUUAGAGAAGGAACCUCGCUCUCUCCGUGUCGAUGAAUUCAAUUACUUUAGGUAAAUUUAUUUACCCCUCUCACCGACC